CUGACACCAACCUCUCCACGCCCGAUUUCGAUAUCACGAUCUCUGCGCUUCCAUCUAGACCCCGCGGUUGAUUGUCGCUGCUACACAUCUUCUCCCCACUUUUUGGCAUAUUCCACUGUUUGCAUCCCACACGCGGCCACGAGUCGAUCAACCCCAUAGCACUGACACUCCAACACACGUAAACAACCAAACACACACCUGUCCGCUACCAUGGCUCGCCUUAGUGGGCUCCCUUCCGAGCACCACCACGAGGGUCCUGGUGACGCACCGCGUCGCAGGCGAGGCCGUCCGGCGAAGGGCCAGACGCCAGCGGAAGACGGCGCGUCUCACAGCAAGCGCGUGCUCUCACCGACAGCAGAGUCAUCGCAGACAAAACGAGUAAGACGCGUGCAAGUCGACGAUGGCGAGUCGCAGAUCGCCGAGGAGGUAGAAGAGUCUGCCACGCGUUCGCAGCACGGCGACACAAUCCACGUCGAGAACCAGACCAGCACCACAACGACGCGUCGCAACCGCCGCCACUCGGAGCCCGCCGUCGGCGUCCAAGACGAUGACGAGGAUGAAGACGAGCUCGCAGGCAAUGCUCUGGCGGUGAUGGAGCCGUUGUCUGGCCUGACUCCCCAUCUCGACCGCCUCGGCGCCACCCGCAACCGCUUCACCAACACGCGCCGCGCUCGCAUGUCCAUGCCUGCUCAGCUGAACGUCGAGCGCGUCGACGACCAGCAGGGCAACCGCUUCCAGUUCAUGCCCAUCAAGGCAGUCCUUAACGGGCGCACCCGCAGGAGCCUUCGCCGCAACCACGUGAGCGAGGAGAUGAACGCAGUCGAAGCGAAGAAGCAAGAGCACAAGAAGCAGCUCCUGGCACUGCAUCGCCAGCUCCGCGACCGCGACGACACUAUCAAGAACCUCGAAUUCAAGCUCGAGAGCCGGCGCCUGGGUAACAUCGAUGUCACAGAGUACGACCAGGAACUGGAGCAGCAGCUCGAGCUGGCCCGCAAAGAAAUCGACGAUCUGCGCGCAUCGUCGCUGUACAUGGGCAGCGAUCGUGACCUGGCCGCUUUUGACGGGGCUGCGGAUGUGUCCGAUGAUGAUGACGACCACAACAGGCUUGAGCUGAUCAAUUCCGACGAUCUGCACAUGUCCCAGGACCUGGACCUUGUUCCCACACCCCACGGCCAGUUUGCUUCCCGUGUGAUGGAGCUGUCGAACCAGGUCACGUUCGAACACCUGCCGGAAAUCUCUCAACUUACCCAUGACACCCUGGUCGAGGACGACGAACCUGUCGAGUCAGACAGCAUCCACGACCAAGCCGUACAUCGCUACGAGCGGGAGUUGCAAGGGUACACUCGCGCACUUGCUGAAGCUCAGGGCGCGUUGCGUGUUGUUACCAUCGAGCUGCAGAACCUGAACUUCGUCGAACCUGGCGCCGCCAGCGACGAGAUUCUCACCGAACUACGCCACAGCCUUGACUUUCUCCGUCACCACGUCGAGAAGUACUUCCCCGGAAUUUGCACUGGCCUUACGGGCGCACAGAUGUUGCGUAAGAUUCCUGAGCUUUUCGGCGGUAUCUUCUACGAGUUACACGAGAAGACCGUCCAGAUUGAAUCGUCGCGUAAGACUGAGGUGCUUUUGAGGAGGCAGUAUGAGGGCGUUCUAGACCUCCUUGGUGAGGCUGAGGCAAAGGUGGAAGACAAAGAUGCGAAGAUUUACCAUCUCGACAAGAGCAACGACGAGAAGAACCGGACGAUUCUCGACCUUGACGAGCAGGUCACGACUCUGACAGCAUUGGCCGAGGGGCAGGAUGCAGGGCUAAAGGAUCAGGCCGCGCAGAUCCUUAUCCUCGAGGAUCAGGUAGUGGACAAGGACGCAAACCUAGAAAAGCUCCAUCAGGCACUCGACGCUUACCGCCAAGAUCUCGAUACCGUUACCCUUGCGGCUACCCAGUUCGAAGAGGAUCAUCAUGAGACUAUUGCCAGAAUGGAACAGGAGCAUGCCCAAAUUGUUCUUGAGCUCGAGAACGAGCUGACCGCUGAGCAAACAAGCCGUGAGGCUGCCGAGGAGGACGCUCAACAAAGGGCAGAUUACAUUGACGAACUCGAAGGCCGUAUUUCGCGCAUGGAAUCCGAUGUCGUCACCAUCACCACUGAGAUGGCCACACUCCGAGAGCGUCUCGAGAUCGAGACCGAAGGUCGUGCCAUUGCUGAGACCGAGCGCGACACGCAAAUCACGAUCGUAUAUCAACAAGCAAACACUAUCGAGAACCUGAACGAGACCAUCCUCGAGCUUAACGAUCAGAUUGCAUUGCUCCGAGCUAACCUGAAGGCCGAGCAAACCCAACGCGAGAAGACAGAGGUCGACCUCGAUGAGGCCAACAACAAGAUCGAUGACCUGAACCUCCGCCUUCACGACCUUGGUAUCCAAGGGAACGAGCUCCGCUCCAAACUGUUCCAGGUUCAACAAGAGAAGGAGCAGGCCAUUGCACAACUCCAAGACGAGGCUGCGGAACGCGAGGAAGUUCUAAACGAGCAGCUCGCAACCGAGACGGGACUUCGAGAAAACGCUGAGAAGGUCAUCGUCAAGCUGACCAAGCAAAUCACCAUGCUCCAAACAGAUCUUGCGAAUCUAAAUGUAGCAUUAGCCGACAUGACGAACGAUCGGGAUGAACUCAUGCAAGACCGCGACACCCAGGUCGCUGCGCUCGCUGCUGAGCUCAUAGACCUCAGAGCGAAGUAUGCGGCUUUGCAAAACUCUACCAGUUCUACGAUCACUACUCUAGAGGCGAACAUUACGGAUCUCAAUCACCAAAUUCAGCGCAAGGAUGCAGAGAUCAAGAUCCUGGCGGAGCGGGUUAUCGAGCAAGAACGUAUCUACGUCGAGGAUACUACCCUCCUCAAGGAAAACGUUGCUGUCCUCCAAGGCGAUCUUGCUGCCGAACGUGCCGAGAACGAGGAUCUGCGUGCCGAGAACGCCUCCCUUUCCGAGCGUCUCGCAGAGGCAGCAAGCGAAUUCUUGAACGUUGUCAGCACGACCAAUGACGAGAGGAAGGCUCUCGAAUCUGACAUCGCAGCCCACAAAGCUACCAUCCUGCAGCACCAAGCCGCCGCCGUUCAACGUGCAGCCGAACAUGAAGAGCUACUUAUGGAACGCGCCCGCGAAAUCGAACAGUUGCAGCUUCUGGGUGAGGAACAUGUUGGUACCAUUAUCGGCCUCAACACCCAAAUAGAAAGCCUCAAGGACACAUUCCGCGAGCAGGUGGAGCGCACAAACGCCCACAUCGAUAGUCUCGUUGAGAAUUCACGUCUGUUGCAAGAGAAGAAUGAGCAGCUUGGCGAAGAUCUCAAGAGGCAAGGCGUUGAGGCCCUCAAGGGUGUUCAGAGCUUGAAAGCACAAGGCUUCGAGACAAAAACUGUCGGCCUCAGCCUCCAUCGACCCGUCACCGGCAGGAUCACCAAGGCGAGCGACAAGGUCAAGAUUGGCAAGAAGGUUGGCAGCAAGAAGAAGGUCUCCCGCCGCCAGUAUGACUCCGGCUUUGGUAUCGACCCGGACGUUGAGGAGGCGACUGAUGGUGCCGAGGCGAACGGCGAUGAGUUCAUUGCCGCAUAGACGACUGUGACCAUGUUUUGACUUGGUGCAGAUUGGAUAUGAAACGCAAGCUCGCCGACGUUUACACGUACCAUCUACACUGUCAUUGAACAGUUUUCACUUUUCGGAUACAACUUGAUUCCUUGCGGCAUCCUGUCCUUGGCACGAUGCCUCUUUUCUUUCUCAUUUUGGAUGCUAGAAUGUACGCUGGUUCGGAUUCUUUUCUUUGGCGCUUGUUAUGUCGGUUUUGCACAACAACGCGGUAUUCUUGUUUUCUUCCUUUUCUUCUUUCACGACAACGACACGACAGCUUCAUCUCCGGUAUGUGGUUGUUGGAUGCAGUAAUAUCGGGUAUUGUGUACCAUGGUGUUUCUCGGUAGGGGCAUGCUCUUGGAUUGGGUUGGAUUGGAUGUGGAUGAAUGGGAUCAUAACACUUAGGUAGAAAUUUCUAUGUGCCAAUU